AUGGCACACGCACUCAUCCUUGGCGCCUCGGGCAUCUCAGGCUGGUCCCUCUUCAACCAGGCCCGGACCUACCCCACGCCCACGACCUUCGCCCGCAUCACCGGCACCACGAACCGCCCUCUGACCCUCGAACAGGCGCGGCUGCCUGCAGAUGACCCGCGCCUGGCCCUCGUGUCCGGUAUCGACUUCACGAAGAGCGUGGACGAGGUAGCGGCGGCGCUGAGGGACAAGGUUCCCGACGUGGAGACUGUUUCUCACGUCUUUUACACGGGUACGUACUCAAGCAGAGAAAGUUGCAUGCCAUGCAUGCGUUCAAGAAAGGGGAGUGUGUGUGUGUCCUACAUCGACGUAGACGUCUCCAAGGGACAAGCGGCGGCGGCAGCAGCCAACACGGAAUUACUCGCCGUGGCGGUCAAAGCAGUCGAAAAGGUGUCGCCGCGCCUCGCCUUCGUCGUCCUGCAGACGGGCGGAAAGGGGUACGGCCUCAUGUACCCUGACAAGGUGACGCUACGCACCCCGCUCCGCGAAGACGCGCCGCGGAUCCCGCGGCCGUGGGCCGACGAGGUGUUUUACUACGCGCAGCACGACCUGCUGCGCGACCUGUCGCGGGGGAAAAACUGGACGUUUUCCGAGAUCCGGCCGGACGUGAUUGUGGGGUUCGCGCCGACGUCGAACGCGAUGAAUAUGGCGAGGGGCAUUGGGAUCUAUCUGUCUGUUUGGCGGCGGGUUUUUGGUACUACUACUACGGGAGCCGGGGGCCUCGGGUCCGGAAACCGAGUGGAGGUGGAGGUGCCGUUCCCGGGGUCGCUGCGGAGUUACCGCGCCACGCAUACGGAUACCAACCAGGACGUGCUUUCCAAGAUGGAAAUUUUCGCGGCGGUGGUGAAUCCGGAAGGGUGCGGCGGGGGAAGAGCCUUCAACGUCGCGGACGGCGGGGCGGUGAUUUCGUGGUCGGUGGUGUGGCCUCGGUUGUGCGAGCGCUUUGGUCUCAUCGGGGUGGCGCCGCCGCCGCCGCCUCCGUCCUCCGAAGCGGCGAUCGACGCCGAGGCAGGGACGGGCACCGCGUCCGGAUCUACUGCCCCGCCGCCGUCGAUGAAGGACUUUAUCGCGGAACACGACGACGCGUGGGUCGCGCUGGCGCGGGAGCACGGGCUGGAUGAGGGCGCUGCUAGAGAGUACAAUUGGGAUUUCCUGCAUGUGAUGCUGGUGGAGUGCGACUUUGACCGCGAGUACGAUCUCACGCGGGUGCGCGAGGUCGGGUUCGAGGAGGGGGUCGAUACGGUGGAGGGGUAUUUUGUUGCCUGGGAGCGGAUGAGGAGUGCGAAGCAGUUGCCGACAGUCUAA